GUCGCAACCGCUGUGCAAACUGUUUCAUGUAACAAACUGCAGUGUGCGCGGCUGAAUGAUCGCGUUCAACAGUUCAGUUGAAGUUGCUCCCCGCAAUCUCGAAUCCGCAACUGACAGCAGUACAGAGACUGCUCAAAGAAAUCCAGCAGCACGUUGAGAAGCUUGGCAAGCGCACGCUCCUAGAGCAAGUCAUCCGGCAUGAGGAUAUAUCGGUUCAACUCACAGUAUUUGGCGUGGAAUUGACGCAGCUAGCCGGUGAUCUGCAGUUGGCGCUCGCUGUUGACGAAAGAGUGGAUCGGGAGGCUCGACAAGGAGAUCAAGCAACCUUCCAUUUCUAUUGGAGAGCCUUCUGACUGCCAAUCAGAAUCUGAUUUUAAACGCGAUCAAGGUUCAUCGCAAAGAAAUGCGGGAAGCUCUGCAAGCCUUGGCGAAGAAGAAGAACACGGUGGAUGUGUCAGGAAAAUUUGCGAAUGCAGCUUACGAAGCGCUCUUGAGCGUGUCUUAACUCACGGAUCGCAACGAAAUCAAGGUGCACAAAUGGACGCUGACGCAUUACGAAAUUGAGACGGGAGACUUGAUCAGCGAGGGCGGUUUCGGGCGGAUGUACCAUGGUCUCAUGGACGGGAACACAAAAAUAGCGGUAAAGCAGUUGAAAGACGAGCUGGAAGACGAUAUGGACCGGCGAAACUUUGAACAUGAGGUGAAAAUCUGGUAUUCUUUGCGACACCCACACAUUCUGCCAUUGAUCGGAGCCAGCGUCACCGCUCAACCCCCUUUCAUGGUAUGUCCCUACAUGCCGAACGGGACCCUCCGGCAAUACGUUCGCACCCAUCCAGAGACCAAACUGCGGCUCCUUUACGAAGUCGCCCAGGCACUCGCCUUCAUGCACAAGAAGAAUAUCGUGCACGAUGAUAUCAAGGCUGCCAAUGCCCUCAUCGACGGAUCGGGUCACGUUCAGCUCGCGGAUUUUGGAUUUGCAGGCAUACGGGCUCUCUCAUCUUCCAAGGGAUGCAAGGCUUAUCAAAAAGGUCCGGGAACGGCACGCUGGGCCGCACCAGAACGGCUCAGAGGACAUGCUUCUUCAAAGUCGAGCGACGUUUAUUCCUUUGGAGUGACGAUGUGGGAAGUCAUCGCAGAUGGCAAAGUACCUUUUGAACACGUUUUGGACAACGAUACGGUCAGAGCCAUUGUGCUGGACGGGAUCCGUCCGGAACGUCCCAAAGGAUGUGAGGUUGCCAUAUAGGUUCUCAUGGAAAGGGCAUGGCAGCAGGAUCCGGCGGCAAGACCUAGUAUGGCGGAAAUUGUGAG